AUUUCAUUAUAGUAGGAAAAAAAAUAAAAAUAAAAAUAAAAAUAGAAGAGAAGAGAAAAGAAAAGAAAAAAUUAGAGGUGGAGGCAGAAGGGUGUAACAGAGACAGGGAACGAUGGACGAGAGAGAAAGCGAAGUCUAUUUGAGUGUGAGAGUGUUUAGGUGUUGGAAACUCUAAUAACUCUUAUCUCCGUAAAACACACUCACUCGAAGCGUUACAAUCGGAAACGUUUAUUUAUUUUAUUAUUUUAUAUUUUGAUUUAUCUCUUCUAAUUUAGUGUUGUGUCGGCUAAGAAAGAUAAUCAACGAUGAAGAAAGGGAAGGGGAAGAACAACGGUUUGUUACCGAGUUCGUUGAGGAUCAUCUCUUCCUGCCUCAAGACUGUUUCCACCAAUGCCAGCACCGUCGCUUCCACCGUCCGCUCCGCCGGCGCCUCCGUUGCCGCUUCCAUUUCCUCUGCUUCCGAAGAUCGCAAAGAUCAGGUUACUUGGGCUGGUUUUGAUGUACUAGAGCUUGAUCAGUCUAUAUUUAAACGUGUUCUUUUACUUGGAUAUCUGAAUGGAUUUCAAGUUCUUGACGUGGAGGAUGCCACUAGCUUUAGUGAACUGGUCUCCAAGCGCGAUGGGCCGGUUUCUUUCUUGCAGAUGCAGCCUUUUCCUGUUGGCUCUGAUGGCCAGGAGGGAUUCAGAAAAUCACAUCCUUUGCUGCUGGUUGUUGCUGGGGAUGGCACUAGCAGUAAUAGCCAAAAUUGUAGCCAUUUGAGUGGUUUAGGAAAUGAUGGUAAGGUAGAGACUCAAUCUGGGAAUGGUGUCAGCUCUGCAACAGCUGUUCAGUUUUACUCCUUGAAAUCUCAUUGUUAUGUUCAUGUUCUGAGAUUUCGAUCUGCAGUUUGUAUGAUCAGAUGCAGUUCGCAGAUAGUAGCUGUUGGUCUUGCCACACAAAUAUACUGCUUUGAUGCGUCAACUCUUGAGAAUAAAUUCAGUGUUCUCACCUAUCCUGUUCCUCAGUUAGCGGGACAAGGAACAGCAGGUGUUAAUGUUGGUUAUGGUCCAAUGGCUGUGGGUUCAAGGUGGCUAGCUUAUCCAUCCAACAACCCACUGCCCUCAAAUGUAGGAUGCUUAAGCCCACAGAACCUGAGUCCUUCUCCUGGAGUUAGUCCAUCAACAUCUCCAGGCAGUGGUAGUUUAGUGGCUCGUUACGCAAUGGAGUCCAGUAAACAUUUGGCUGCUGGAAUAAUCAAAUACUGUCAAGAGCUGCUUCCUGAUGGCUCUAAUUCUCCAGUACCAUCAAAUUCAGGCUGGAAAAUUGGUAGGGUUACAGGAAGUGAUAUGGAUAAUGCAGGAAUGGUAGUUGUUAGGGACUUUGUUUCAAGAGCAAUCAUCUCACAAUUUAAAGCUCACUCUAGUCCAAUAUCUGCACUCUGUUUUGACCCUAGUGGGACCCUUCUGGUCACUGCAUCAAUCUAUGGAAAUAAUAUUAAUAUCUUCCGAAUAAUGCCAUCAAGCGCACACCAAGGUUCAGGGGUUCCAAGCUAUGACUGGAGCUCUUCUCAUGUGCAUCUUUACAGACUACAUCGUGGAAUAACACCAGCUAUGAUCCAGGACAUUUGUUUUAGUCGAUUUAGUCAAUGGAUUGCAAUUGUCUCAUCCAAAGGGACUUGCCAUCUUUUUGUUAUGUCACCUUUUGGAGGUGACACUGGUUUCCAAAUUAUAAGUUCUCAGGGUGAAGAACCAUCCUUACUUCCAGUUUUGUCUCUACCUUGGUGGUCUACUUCAUCUUCCAUUUCUUAUCAGAAAUCCUUGCCUCCUCCAGCACCUGUUGUGCUUUCUGUGGUUAGCCGGAUAAAGUAUAGCAGUUUUGGAUGGCUUAAUACUGUUAAUAAUUCUACUGCAAACGUGACAGGCAAAGUUUUUGUGCCAUCUGGUGCUAUUGCUGCCAUUUUUCAUAAUUCCUUAUCUCAAUCACAGCAGCUUGUUAACUCUAAAGCAAAAUCCUUAGAGCAUCUCUUGGUAUAUACACCGUCUGGUCAUGUAGUUCAGCAUGAACUUCUGCCAUUUGUUGGUCCAGAACCAAAUGAAAGUGGUUCUGGAACCCAGUCAGCUUCAAUCCUGCAUAUGCAGGAGGAUGAAUUCAGAGUGAAGGUUGAGCCUAUUCAAUGGUGGGAUGUAUGUAGAAGGUCAGAAUGGCCAGAACGAGCAGAUCCUUGCUGCAAUUCCUUUGAUAGACAAGAUGGUAUUGAAAAAGUUCAAGAUAAAGUAUGUUCUGGUGAUGACCAUGGAUUGAAUUAUGUCGAUGAGGGUGUUGGUGUUGGGGAAAAGACAGUAAAACCUACUACAGGAAAGCCCAAAGAGAUAUUUCACUGGUAUCUAUCUAAUGCAGAGGUGCUAGUGAAUUUUGGAAGGACACCAAUAUGGCAAAAGUCUAAGAUUUGCUUCUAUGCGUUGAAUUCUGUGAGAACUAGUUUUAGUGCUGGUGGAGAGUCUGAGAUCGAAAGGAUCUCUGCUAAUGAAAUUGAAAUCAGGCAGAAGGAGUUGUUGCCUGUUUUUGACCAUUUCCAUAGCAUCAGACCAAGCUGGAAUGAAAGAGGCCUUCCUGGGGAAAAAUACCUGGGCCAUGCAUCUGCAGUUCCCCAUCCGGCUGAAGACAAGCAAACUGCUGACAUGACUGUUAUUUGUCAUUCAAAGCCAGCAUCACUGAGCUCUACUGAAAGCUCUGAUGGAGGUUCAUCAAGAAGGAUUGAAAAUUUGCUUGACCUGGAUCAAGUUUCUUCUACUUAUCAAAUGCAUGGUGAAAUUUACCUGGAAAAAAUGGGGGUAAUCAAUGUUGAGCCUUCCCUGCGAAGCAAGAUUGUGCUGGAAAAUCCAUCUCUAUCUGGAGAUUUGAAGCGUGCGGAUUCUCUAUAUGACCAGUGUCUCGAUGGCAGUCCAUUAUUGCAAGGUAGAAAAAUAACUUAUGAAGGAAGAGAUCCGGUUGAAGGUGUCAGGAUCAGUGCGGAGUCAGCAUUGGUCCUGAAACAUGAUUUAGAUAAGAGCAAUCUUGUGGAAGUGGCCUCGGUUAUGCAAAAUGCAUGUAUCAGGCAAUCUUUCGAGGAUAGUCACUGCAUGUCACCUGGGCACGAUGGAAGUAAUGUGUUAACUGAAGUUGUAACUGAUGAUGUUGACAGCAACGGUAGCCACCACAAAACAGAGCAGCCAGAGGAUGAGAAUGAUGAAAUACUUGGUGGCUUGUUUGCCUUUUCUGAGUAGAUUACUCCAUUGAAGUGUUAAUUGCAGCAUCAAUAAGUCAUCUCACCAUCAAUUCUCGCUGGAAUCUUUAGUUAGGAAAAUGUAAAAAGCAAUGUGCAUGUUGUGAGUAAGAAAUGACACGUGAGCAACAAGAAGUAAGGCUGAUUUGUUGCUCAAUUGUGUUGACCUCCCUCCCUGUCUCUCACCCUUGUAAAUUUUGUAGAUGGGAAUUCAUAUACUCGUUCUUAUCAGGUAUAUGUGGAGUUUGCAGUCAGAGUCAUAAGCUGAAUUUUUAUCGAGCUUGCAUGUAAAUAUGAAUCGGGUAUGGAAUUUGUACAAUAAUAUAUUUCUUAAUUCUUGAAGUUGGGAAGAAGACAUGAAAAAUUUGAAAGGUCAGUUAAUAGUGCCUGACUGCUUUAUUUCUAUUCAGCUUGGCUUCAGUUUUUAUUUUAUUUAUAAUUUUGCU